ACGUUUUUUUCAUCUUUUGUUGGAGAGCCUGAGAUUUGUGGUCAGGAGUGGUGCCACCCUCUUGCAAGCAGAACCUCACUCACUUUUUCCUCCCUUUCCUCACUUUCCCCUUCCGUCUUUCUGCAAUUACACUCCACAAACAAAAAAUGGCUUUGUUGCUCCCAUUUCCCUCUCACAAUGCUUCGCUCUCUUGCUCUGUAUCCACCUCAAAGCUCAAACUAACAGCAACGCCAUUACCGCCGCUACUUUCUCUGACACUACCCCUCAGACAAACACUUUUAAGAAAAAGCAACACCAAGUGCGGUGCGGUCGCUGAUAUCAAAGGUGUGCCUCCGCUUGAAGAGGAUUACCAGGUUCUUGUGGGUCCUGCCACUGAAGAGGAGCGGCGUGGGGAGAGGGUUGUGGCGGACUACGAUUGGACGGAAGAAUGGUACCCGCUGUACCUCACCCAGAACGUGCCCGAUGAUGCACCUCUGGGUCUCACCGUCUUCGAUAAGCAUAUCGUGCUGUAUAGAGACGCGGAAGGUUAUCUGCGCUGUUACGAGGAUCGCUGCCCCCACAGACUUGCAAAACUAUCCGAAGGCCAGUUGAUUGAUGGAAGACUAGAAUGCCUGUACCAUGGCUGGCAAUUUGAAGGCAACGGUAAAUGUGUGAAGAUACCUCAGCUCCCGGGUGAUGCCAGAAUUCCUCGAUCAGCUUGCCUCAGAACGUAUGAGGUGAGGGACUCACAAGGAGUUGUGUGGGUGUGGAUGUCUCAGAAGACACCACCCAACCUUAACAAAAUACCUUGGUUUGAGAACUUUGCCAGGCCAGGUUUUCAGGAUACUUCAACCACUCAUGAGCUUCCCUACGAUCACUCCAUACUUCUUGAGAACCUCAUGGAUCCCGCACACGUCCCGAUUUCACAUGAUAGAACAGAUUGGAGUGCAAAAAGGGAGGACGCUCAACCGCUGGGUUUCGAGGUGACUGAACGUACUGACCGAGGAUUCGCAGGCUGGUGGGGUAAGGCAAAAGAUCAACCUCUGCCAAACUUCUUACGCUUUGAAGCGCCUUGUGUUCUUCAAAAUAACAGGGAGCUUGUCGAUGAGAAUGGGGAGAAGCACUACUUCACAGGGCUAUUCCUUUGUAGACCGACAGGACAAGGGAAAUCCAUGGUUAUUGUAAGGUUUGGAGGAACAAAAAGAUCCCCCUUGUCAAAAUUGUUCCCGCAAUGGUACUUUCAUCAGAAUGCCGGUAAGGUGUUUGAGCAAGAUAUGGGUUUCCUCUCUUCCCAAAACGAGUUCCUAAUGAAGUCAAAAGUGCCAACCAAGGAGCUGUACCUUAAUUUAAAAUCCUCUGAUACAUUUGUGGCGGAAUAUCGGAAGUGGAUGGACAAGGUAGGGCAUGGGAUGCCUUAUCAUUUUGGGCACAGCACUAUUUCAUUACCUAAAGAGCCUGCUGUGGUGGAACAUGCACCUGCUGGACUGGUUGCUGGAGCAUCUGCAUCUUCCCCGGCCAAGGGGGUUGGAACGAUGCAUGCUCCGAACUUGGCCAACCGGUAUUUCCGGCAUGUAAUCCAUUGCAAGGGAUGCAGAACCAUCAUUAAAGCUUUCCAAGCCUGGAAAAAUGCCCUUACCGCCGCGGCUCUUGCACUGACCGCUUUGGCGAUCCUUGCAUCUGGAAGGCAGUGGAAGGCCCUUCUUUUAGUGCUGGCAACCCUGUGCUCUGCUGGGGUUUAUGGAUGCUCAACUGCCAUUGCACUGAACACAACCAACUUCAUAAGGAUACAUAGGAGAUUGUAAAAGACCAUCAGAAUUACUCGGCACAAAUUCGCUGGUUGGUUGGGAAUAUAUUUAUGAAUUCAAGAUGGCCCACCGAAAGGAGUGGGAAAUAA